UCGAUGACUGGAGUCGCAGCCCUUUAUCUGGUCUUAGUUGACGUUUGCAUCGAUUGGUCUGUGGAUCUCAAAAAAUACAUGGUGUUGGCAGGUGAGCCUGUGCGUGUGAAAUGUGCACUGUUCUAUGGAUACAUCAGGACUAACUACAGCAUGGCACAGAAUUCUGGACUCAGCCUCAUGUGGUACAAAAAUAAUGGGCAAGGAGAUUCGGAAGAACCUAUUAUAUUUUCUGGGCGUAGAAUGAGCAAAGAGGAAGAUUCAAUUUGGUUCCAUUCAGUGGAAUUGCAGGACAACGGAUUUUACACAUGUGUAUUAAGAAACUCGACGUACUGUAUGAAGGUGACGAUGUCCCUGAUGGUGGCAGAAAACGACUCAGGACUUUGCUACAACAGUAUGAUCAGAAAUUUGGAGAAAGCUGAAAUUACUAAAAGCAAAGAGAUCUUCUGCCCAGAUAUUGAAGACUUCAUCACAACUGAUCAAGAUAUUGAUAUUGUUUGGUACAAGGAAUGCUUGCCAAAAUUAUGGAGGAGUAAUAUCUUACAAAAACGGAAUAUUCUUGUGAUUGAAGAGGUUGAAGAGGAGGAUUUUGGAAAUUACACAUGUGAACUCAAAUACAAGGACCAGUUGGUGAGAAGAACGAUUGAAUUGAUCGUUACAGCUGUUCUCACUGACAAACUACCUGAGCUGCUGGACCCCCUUGAAAACCAACAAAGUGUCGUCGAGGUCCAGUUGGGCAAUCCAGCCACCCUCGUCUGCCGGGCAUUCUUUGGGUACAGCUCAGUUAACCCCAUCAUUUACUGGAUGAAAGGUGAUAAGUACAUGGAGGAACUGGAGGACAAUCAGAUUAAGGAGAGUGAAAUCAGGGUUCUAAGUGAGCAUCUUGGAGAGAAGGAAGUGGAAUUAUCACUGCUAUUUGAUUGGGUGAAGGAGGCUGACCUGGGGAACUACACCUGCAUCGUAGAAAAUCGGAUUGGACGCACUCAAGCCAGCAUACUUCUCCAGAAGAAAGACCUAAUGUACAGAGUGGAGCUCGCAGGUGGUUUGGGAGCAAUCCUUCUCCUUAUCUCCUUCCUUGUAAUCAUUUACAAAUGCUACAAUAUCGAGAUGAUGCUCUUUUACCGGAGCCAUUUUGGAAGUGACGAAACAGAAGAUGAUAAUAAGGAAUAUGAUGCAUAUCUGUCAUAUACCAAAAUCGACCCGGAUUCACUCACCCAGGACAACAGGAAGGAAGAACAGUUCGCAUUGGAAAUUCUACCAGAUGUACUGGAGAAACAUUAUGGGUACAAAUUAUUUAUUCCUGACAGGGAUUUAAUGCCAAGUGGAAGAACUGCAGCUUACAUUGAAGAUUUGGCAAGAGGUGUUGAUCAGAGUCGAAGGCUAAUUAUCGUGCUGACUCCAGACUAUGUCAUCAGACGUGGAUGGAGCAUAUUCCAGCUGGAAAACAGACUGCAUAACAUGCUUGUGACUGGAGAAAUCAAAGUUAUUUUGAUUGAAUGCCCUAAUGUGAAAGGGAUAAUGAACUACCAUGAAAUCGAAGCCUUAAAAGACAAUAUAAAACUUUUAUCUGUUAUCAAGUGGUGUGGACCUGAUUGCAACAAACUGAAUUCCAAGUUUUGGAAGAAAGUCCGGUACGAGAUGCCCAUCAGGAAGAAGGAGCCAGUUACACGUGGCCAGGUCCUGGAUUCUGGUGAACAGGGUAUUUUUGGAGAACUGCAAGCUGUCUCAACUGUUUCCAUGGCAGCAAACUCGGCCACGCUUGGACCUCCCCCGGUGGAGCUACCACCAAGCUUUCACAAAGCAGAUCAUAUGCAAAUGAGGCAUUACUGUCGAACUUACGAGUACGACUUCUCGCCCGCACCAGUGCCCAUUACCUCGAUUAGCAAUCAACACACCUACGGCAAUAUUCCAAUGACCCUCAUUAAUGGACAGGUUCCGCAGAUCAUUAUCACCAGAGAUCCUUCCCUUCGGGACACCCCCAUGAGCAACGAAUGCCUGCCAAUGUCCUCACGAGAGAUCGGUAUCACCAGCGAUAUCUGGUAA